UAGUGUGGCGAUCAAAGUGUUGGUCUCUCAUCGUUGUAUCUUUUCUACAGUGAUGAUGGCACCCUAACAACCACGUCAACACACAUUGUUGUUCACGAAGAAUCCAGGGAUCAACACACCUAUAGCCGAAGAACAAUCCCAGAACCACUGUAAAUCACUAAGGCCCCUCUCCAUUAUUUCACUGAGGCCUCCCGCAGUCAUUUAAACUGAGUUUGGUGUAAAACAUGAAGGCCAUUCCCGGAUACAAUAUAUGUGGCAAUACAGUCGUGUAUAUUUAAAAACCUUUUACGUGCCAUACAGAUAAUUGGAUGUAAAUUGCAGCUGAAAUAAUAACUAUUUACUUUAAACGUUGUCAAAGCACAGAGGUGGUAUUACUGGCCAAAUCAAUACGACAAAAGUGAAUGAUUGAAAUUGACACCCCGUUCCCCUCACACUGACACUCGGAUAUAGACAUGAAAAGCCACAGCUGUGAUACACGUGUUUGGUAUCUGUCAAAGAAGACUUUGGAUUUAUUUGUUCUGUCGACAAUUUGUGUUUGAAGUGCUUCUUGGGAUUUUUAUUUUGUCCAAAAGAUAAGAUUGGCAUACCCCAUCGAGUACGGGUCAUACUUUAUGAGUCUAACGGACUUGAUCACAUAGAAUGCAACAUUCGAUAUAAGGGCAGAAUUUAGAAACAAAUUAUUCUCAAGAUGAGGGCUAAACGAUUUGGAAAGGCUAAGCCUAUAACACAGCUAACAGACAUCAUCAAACUGGAGUAUUUUCAGCAAGUCCGAUUCUUCAUUGACCUUGGAAUCGAAAUGGAAAAGACAGAUGAAAAUGGUCGCACACCCAUCAUGCUGUGUCCCUUCAUGGAGCCAGAAGUGUGGGGAACAGGUAUUGCUCGUCUGCUCAUCGAAAAGGGCGCUAGUUUAGAAAACUGUGACAAGUAUGGUAUGACAGUGAUGCAUCUUGCUUGUAUCUACACACGUGUCGAACUCGCCAGAGUGUUUCUCAACGCAAUAGAUUUUGAUUUACUUGAACAAGACAAAUGGGGUAACACGGCACUCCACUAUGCUGUCCGCAGCGGCAAUUUGAAUCUCGUAAAAGUCAUUACCCAGGCACAAUGGAAAUACAAAUUCGCUUUCGACAAGAAGAAUCGCGAAGGACUCACAGCUCUUGACGAAGCCUAUAGGUUGAAAAUGAGAAAAAUCGCAGAAACAAUUGAGGCUGUAGAAAACCAAACACAAGCUGACGCGGACAACGAAUCUUUGUCACAGAUACCUUCUUUGAAUAUAAGACUUUCACGGGAUUGCCUCAACUCUCGAACACUUUCUGAUUUUGGAUCUAUAUCCAGGCGUUCUUUUCGAACGCGCCCCAAGACGGCAUUCCUUCUAGCUCGUAGGGAGUCUGCAUCGAGUAGCAGCAGUGCCUCAAGUCUAUACGGCCAUGAUCGAACUGUGGUCAGUUACCGCAACUUUGUCAGACGCGAACUGGAACCAAACGAAAGGGACGACAAGAUGAUUCUUCGCUGUGCUCCACUAGCAGAUUUCAGAAAUAAUCCGGAAUAUCUGUUCCAUCUCGUUGUUCCCGGUGUACUUCCGGUAAGCGAGAAUAUGAAAUCCGGACGCCCACGAUCAGCAUAUGAUUCGAAACUCCAUGAUUCUUCUAGUGGGCGGGAUGGUCCUUACUUUAGUUGGAGGGUUGAAUUUAAACGUCUUUACCGCCAUUACGAAUACCAAUGUACACCUUCAUAUCGAGAUGGCUAUAAAGAUACCCCCAUCGGAACUCUCUAUCUUGAUGCUCCACUAACACCAGCUCCAUCAGAAGAUCCAAACGAAGACGAAAGGGGUAAAAAAAGCAAACGGUCCACAAGCUCCAUGACAAAACAAAAUACGGCAGAGACCGGAAGGCAGCGAAAGCAAUCACAACAACAACAACAACAACAGAAUCAUCAACAACAGCAGCAGCAACAACAGAAACAACAGGAACAGUCAAAACGCAGAACUUCAACAGUACAGUCAGGAAAGCAAUCGUCCUCGUCAAUGGACGGCUCGAUGGGAUCUAGUAGCGAAUCCAUCAGUAGUGGAACUUCGGCAAAAAAAGAGACAGUCCGAAUGACGAACGGAAACACCUCCGGAAGUGACUCGCACGGUAGGCAGAGCCGAGUUGCGCACUACAAUUAGUUCCGUACGUGAAGUGAAAGGUUUCGAGGAAGUGUGUAUAUUUUAGGAAAUGUGAAUUGAAUGAUAGUGUUUAAGUUUUGUUUUCGUAACUUCCGGUAUAAGACCAGCGUUUGUUGGGAACUACUUGUUGUAAUUCGAACUCAACGGAUGUUGAUUCUAACAGUUUAAGUUGAAGCCUAUGUGACAACGUCGUUUAUAUCAAGCGGAAGCAUUUGUGACAACUAACUCAUUCAACACGUUACUAUUCAAAUCGAAUGCCAAAUGUUUACGUUCACAUGUGAUGUUUCCAUAUAGCAUAUAUCUGUGAUAUCAAUUUCUUGAUUUUUUUCUUAACAAGCUAUCUGACCAAAUAUCGCUUAGCAAGAAAUCAAAAGACUUGAAUGUAUAUAACCUUGUAAUCUAUCUUUGUUUGUUUCCAAAGAUUGGGGGAAAGUUUUGGCUUUUCUCCCACCAGAGAACUUGGUUAUCUUGUGUUAUACUGUGUUUUCGAGUCGUUAAUGGGUCGCAAGUAUGUUAUAUCAUUUUCCAUGUAUGUUAUAUCAUUUUCCAUGUAUGUUAUAUCAUUUUCCAAGUAUGUUAUAUCAUUUUCCAUGUAUGUUAUAUCAUUUUCCAUGCAUGUUUUAUCAUUUUACAGAGUUAUAGAUGUUAAUGUAUUCUUCUUACCAGUUUUGUAACACGUGGUUUGAUGUCAAAAGUCAUAACAUUUUAAAAGUCAGCGUUCUUUUCAUAUACAUGUAAAAAUAUUUAAUAUAAGAUUAAAUCUCAAACGGAUAGAAUUACUCGGCACCUUUUGUAAUUGGAUUUUCGACCAAAAAAUAAUAUGAAUUUAACAAAUACGAAAUUUUCAGUCGAGAUGACAGAUAUUUAUGUAUUAUGUGUGAGUUAAAAUCCAGCGUUUUGAUUUAUUUCCCCAUGUUGACAGCCUUGUGUAGAUUGUAUUGGUUGUUUGUAUUUAUCCGCGUCGUGAUAAGGUCGCCGUACACAACGAUUCUCUGUUCUAACGUUGUGGGGGUACUUGAGAUUUGCCGGGUGUGUAAAUAAACAACUUCAAACGUCCAUUUCUUAUCGCACCCAACUGUAAGACGAUAGCAUACUAGUUAUGCUCAAACGAUUAGCCAAUAUCAUUUGAAGGGAAAACUAAGAUUAUUUUUCAGAUGAAUUAUUUUUCUUAUAAUUUUAUAGAUAUUCAUUUUUGUUGAACAUCAUUAUUGUUACGUUAACUUACAUUGUUUGAAAGGGAAAAGGAAUAUUUAAUUAAAUUUUAUUCUUACUUUUAAACAAA